AUGAUCGCUUUGACCACAUUGCACAACUUCGUGAGGUCUGUCGAAGACAUCUACAAACCGGGCGCAGAGGUCUUGAUCGUGAGCGAUGGCCACGUCUUCAGUGAUUGCAUUGGCGUCGAAGACAGUAUGGUUGAUGCAUACGGUUCCAAGCUUCGGGAGAUGAAUGAAACCCUCAAGACUGCUUUCGGUGAUGGUGGUCGGGAACGUGUUCGCUUCCAAGGUCUUCCAGAGAUGCUGAAGCUGCAGCGACGUGACAUCGAAGGUGAAAACUUGGCCGAUCGCCUGAAGCUUGAAGAGCUCAAGCACCCCAUCGAAGAAAUUCCUAUCAAUGAGGACGCUGAGAUCAGCCGUAGGCUUCUCAUGCAAGGCUUCAGCGCCAACACAGACGAGCUCCGAGGACGCAUCGAUGACAAGGACCCGGCAGCGUUGGCCCUUUAUCGUGGCUUCUCACGCUUCAUGCUGGAAGAUCUGCAGAGAAAUACCCAUACAGAGAUGCUCAGCAAGAGCAAGCUGCGGAAGCUGUCGUCCAAGGUCGCUUUCGAAAUGAUCGAGCGCAACCAAGCGUACUCCAACAUGAUCGAGAUGGUGUUCCCGUAUCACCUCCGGCUAUCCAUCCAUGCACACAAUAACGCGGGUCCUAAGUUCGGUAUUAACCUGAUGGGACCGAACGUUUGUGCUACCGACACUCUUCCACCACAAGGAGACGCCGAAAAGUCGCACGAUCUUCUCCACGUUCCCACACCUUGGCAUGGCUGCAUUGUCGAGAUUGCCGGCCAUGAAGAUCUAUACAUGACCAAGGUUGAGAAGGUUGAGGAAGCCAUAGAAAAGAAGGAGGUAGUGGGGGCUUGGGUGGCACCAACCCCUCAGAAGAAUCAAGUGCAGCCGAAGAAGCCGAUUGAGCCAGCGUCCAAGAAGACCGAGAGCAAGAAGGAUGAUAAGGAAGACGGUGCUUCUGCCGAUCAAGGGGCCCCGCUUGAUGCUCCACCUGUGCCGGGUGCUGCUUUCUUCACCUUGACUCCUACCGCGGUCAAGGCCUGA